AUAAAUUUUCCUAUACAGAAUUCAAAAAUGUGUAAAACUAUAUACUUGCAGUGAAGAAAAAAGAAGCUCUAGUCUUUCUCUGAUGGAGUCAAGUCCAACCACACUUUUUCAUCUUGUUACAAUUUGUACUAUUCUCUUACUAGCCAAUGCAAACUCUGAAGGUGAUGCCUUGUACGCAUUCAGAAGAGCUGUGAAAGAUCCAAACAACAUUCUACAGAGUUGGGACCCUACUCUGGUUGAUCCUUGUACAUGGUUUCAUGUUACCUGUGAUUCUCAUAACAGGGUUACUAGAUUGGACCUUGGACAUGCAAAACUGUCCGGCCGUUUGGUUCCUGAACUAGGGAGCCUCCAUCACCUUCAGUUUCUAGAAUUGUACAGGAAUGAACUGGUGGGUCCAAUACCAAAGGAAAUUGGAAAUUUGAAGAACUUGGUUAGCUUGGGUCUUUACCAUAACAAUCUCACUGAUUCUAUUCCUCCCACACUCUCCAACCUCUCUAAUAUCAAAUUCUUGAGACUCAACAACAACAAGUUGACAGGAAGAAUACCAAGGAAACUCACUAAACUGAAAAACCUAAAGAUCCUAGACCUGUCAAACAAUGAUCUCUGUGGUACCUUUCCCACAUACGGCUCCUUCUCCAAAUUCUCGCAACAAAGUUUCAAGGACAACCCAAGACUUACAGGUCCAGAGUUGAUGGGAUUUGUGAGAUAUGAUGAUAUUGGAGGAAGCUGCAAAUGAAAGACUGACAGUCCUCAGGCAAAACUACUACAAACAUCAUGUGAUAUUCUUGGUCACCAGAUCUUUAAAUCUAGUAAAGAUGGUUUCGAAUGUCGAUUGUAAUAUUGAUAUAGUUGAUGUGUAAUUAAAAUAACAUAGAGUAGUAAUCCUAUUUGGAUAAUAAAUUUCUUUUUACUAGUGCUUGGAUUUUGACUAUAUUCUAUGAAAUUCACAAAUAUGCCUUCCAA